AUGUUUGGGAAACAAGACAAAAUGGACGUUAGAUGCAGUUCAGAGACUGAAGCUAACCGAGUCUCGAAGAACGGACAUAAAGAGGGCAAGGAAGGCAAAGGGUCUGAAGGAAAUAUUUCUACUUCUUUUUUGAAGGAUCAGCAAGGGACUUUUUCUGCCUCUGCAGCUACGGAAGAUUGUAAUAAAACUAAAUCUAGUUCGGCUGAUCCGGACUAUUGCAGGAGGAUCCUAGUUAGAGAUGCCAAAGGUUCAAUCAGAGAGAUUAUUCUGCCUAAGGGGCUUGAUCUGGACCGUCCCAAGCGGACCCGCACCUCCUUCACGGCCGAGCAGCUCUACCGCCUGGAGAUGGAGUUCCAGCGCUGCCAGUACGUCGUGGGGCGGGAGCGCACCGAGCUAGCCCGCCAGCUCAAUCUCUCCGAGACUCAGGUCAAGGUCUGGUUCCAGAACCGGCGCACCAAGCAGAAAAAGGACCAGGGCAAGGACUCCGAGCUGCGGUCUGUGGUGUCCGAGACCGCCGCCACCUGCAGCGUCUUGCGGCUGCUGGAGCAAGGCCGGCUGCUCUCUCCGCCGGGGCUGCCCGGCCUCCUGCCGCCGUGUGCCACCGGAGCUCUGGGCUCGGCGCUGCGCGGGCCCGGCCUGACAGCGGGCAGCGGCAGCGCGGCGGCGGCGGCAGCUGCGGCGGCUCCCGCGGGCGGCUCCCCGCACCCGCCGGCCGCCAGCAGCGCGGCGGGACCUCCUCCGCCGGCAGCGUUACACGGUGCGGCCGCCGCCGGACACGGGCUGUUCGGGCUGCCGGUGCCCGCGCUGUUGGGUUCAGUGGCCGGGCGACUCUCCUCUGCCGCGCCCCUCGCCGUGGCCGGCUCGCUGGCGGGCAACUUGCAGGAACUGUCGGCGCGCUACCUGAGCUCGUCCGCCUUCGAGCCCUACUCCCGGACCAACAAUAAAGAAAGCGCUGAGAAAAAAGCACUGGACUGACUCUAAGUAACUUCCCAGUAUUUAUAUUUAUAGUCUCUAUUUGUGGCGGUAUUUACGGGACGGGCGGCGAGGCGGCCUGCCG